AUGUCGCGUGUCUGCGCUGCAGCGCGGUGGCGCAGAGCGGUCAUCAAAGUUUUGGAUCAGGAAGCUGAGCACAAUGACGCGGUGCUUCCUUCGACGUCAGCGAAGAUUGACAAACAGAUCAGCAAAUUUGGUCGUAAGUUUGGCGAUUUCUGCACUAAGCGUGGGCGGUUUUCGGAAGCUGAGUACUGCUUUAGCAAGGCGCUGCGUGCAUGUGAGCGCUUGAACUUGGAUACCUCGAUUUUUUUUGUGGACGUGGAAGUUGCCUUGGCAAAUGUACUGAAUCGCCUCCGCCGUCAUCAAGAUGCUGCGUGUGAACUGACAAAAGCGAUCGGAAUUCUGAAUACCGAAAAUGCCCCGGCCAGAAAAUUUAUGCGAGUUUACCAAGAGCUUGCAGUGUCGAUGCAAGGAGUGGAGAUGUACGAUGUAGCGGAGGACUACUAUCAGAAGGCUUUGGCUAUGGCAGGAGAAGCAAUGGGAAAUAAUAGUUUGGAGUAUGCAAAAACCUUGAACUCAUAUGCAAGCUUUCUGUGGGAGAAGGAUGACUAUUGCGAGGCCGAGAAAGCUUUCUUGCAAGUGUACAACGUGGCAGAGAGACUGUUGGGUCCUCAACACACCAACUCCGCAGCGACCAAGCAGAACCUCGGACUUCUGUAUUACAAUAUGGGAAAGUAUGAUGCUGCCAAAGAGUGCUUGAGAGAAGCCUUGGCUGUGCAGAGAGAAAACUGUGGUCCAAAAAGUGUGCCAUGUGCCCGUAUCAUGAACAAUUUGGGGCAAGUUUUUGAUUCGAUGGGCGCUGUGGAACAAGCCGAAGAAAUGUAUGAGGGAGCUUUGGAGGUCUUUGCAAAAGAGAUGGGUGAAAGAAACCAGUCCUACGCUUUGACGUUGAACAACCUUGGCCUGGUUUAUCGCCAGACCAAACCUGGUGAUCCUUGCAUUGAGACAAGUUUCAAGAAGUCGAUGUCCAUUCUCCAGGAGGUGCUGGGAUGCAAUUCCUUGCACUACACUCUUCCUUUGCACAACUUGGCAGACUGUUACAAAGAAGCCAAGCGAUUUGCUGAAGCAGAGGAAUUGUUCAAAGAGGCAUUGAAACAUCAACUCGCACUUAGCCCAGGGCACUCAAGGGUCGGAGAGACUCUCAAGAAUUUGGCUGGUUUGCACAGCUUGAUGGCGUUGGAAGAAGAGGAGGGUCAGCAGUUCGAGCGGUUGAAGAAUGAGGCCGAGAAUGAAUUCCGACAGGCCCUAGAGAUCAAGGCUACUACAUGUGGUGAAGCGCAUCCUUUGUUCUCAGAGAUGUUGCAUGAGUACGCUAUUCAUGCGUAUCGGCUGGGUGACCUCGAGGGUGCCAUGAGCAUGUGUCAGCGGCUGAUGUCAAGCCAUAGCAAGUUUGUGUCAAAGAUGCUUGGCGAUUUGUUGGAGUUGCAGCGAGUGUGGUACCUGCGCCACUGCAGAUUCGACGUGUCUGGUCCACUGUUGGUGCUGACGAAAUGUUUGGAGAGCGAGGAUUUGACUCAAGAGCAAAAAGGAAGCUUCCUCAAAAGCUGUCACACACAUCUGAUCAAGCGAAAAGGCUUAGCUUACAGCAAGUCGUCAGAUGUGUUGGCCUCUGACGAGCUCCGCAGCAUCCGCAAAAAAUAUGUGGCGAGUGUAUUCUCAGAAGGCAACGCAGAGGACACAUACAAGCUUCGUGAAGCCAUGGAGAUGAUAGAGUGCGAUCUGCACUGCCAGGCGACAGCUAGCUCGAAUGAAAGUUGUGAAGAUGUGAUGGGACGUGUGCCCGAGGGGUCUCUUCUCUUGGAUUUUACCGUAUAUGAAUCAGGGCCUGGAAAAGAUGACCUGCGGUAUGGCGUGUUUGCAUUGACGCAGUCAACUGCCAGGUUCUAUGCCUUCAGCAAGGCAGAUGUGGAUGAACGUGUUAGCCAGGUUCUUUCCUUACUCGGAAUGCCUCGGCUCCGCAAGACACGCUCAGAUGAAUGUUCAGCUAGCCUCGAAGCCCUCACCGAGAUGAUUCUAAAGCCUGCCUUGGGGCAACUCCCUUGGAACAUGUCACGAAUAGUUAUUUGUGCUGAUGGCGACAUUGCCCGGUUUCCUUUCUGUUUGAUGCGCGUGCAAGGAGAAUACAUCAUACAAUCUGUGGACAUCCAGUAUUUGGGGAAUGUACGAGACCUACUCAGUAGCCCCCACAAGUCCAAGAGCCAGCAUUGCGCCAUCUUUGCAGUUUGUGAGUUUGAUGGACUUCCAGCUCAGCCUGCAACCGUGAAGGGCUGGGAUUUCACGGCGCUGCCUGGCGUGGAGGCUGAAGUCAAAGUGGUUGAGCAAAAGCUGAAGCGUAUUUGUCAGGACAUCAGGUUGUACGAAAAAUCAAGCGCCACCAGAGAAGCUCUGCUGAACAUCUGCGACCCCCGGGUGUUGCACAUUUCGACGCAUGGCUUCUUCCAACCUUCCGAAAUGGAUCAGGUUGUUUCGAGUGAAGCCAGAGUGAAAAGACGACUUGAAGAAGUACUGACGCGGGUCAACAAGCGGGAAAUGGAGAGUGCGCACCCGAUGCUGCGCUCUGGCCUCGCGUUGCCCACUGCAGAAGCAUGGCAGAACAAGGUCUGCGAUGAACCUGGCGUCAUUUUUGCUUUGGAACUGCAGGGUCUUUCCCUGCAAGAGACAGACCUGGUGGUUGUCACUGCUUGCCGCACUGCCCUUGGCACUCUUGAAUGGGGAGAAGGGGUCAUUGGUUUGGGCCGGGCAUUCUUGAACGCAGGUGCUAACGCAGUGCUGCUGAGCACACUGGACGUGCAAGACGGAGAGACUGCCACCUUCAUGGAGUGGUUUUAUGACGCCUACUGCCGAGGAAACAGUCCAGCGGCAGCAUUGCGAGAAGCACAGAAGAAGGCUUUGGAACACAGGUGGCAUCCACCACUCUGGGCAGGCUUCAUGGUCAUGCAGAAAUCAAUCUCAUGA